AAUGUUACACAUUUACACUUCAAGUUAUCAAAAGCGGUAGUUGGACUAGACUCUACUCUUCAAAAGCAAAGACAAAACAAUAAAUUUCUAGCAGAGAAGUGAAAAAUAUGUCCAAGUUCCAACUGGCUCUUCAACCCAAAUAUCUCUUACAGAUAUCAGUAAUAAAUGGAACUCGAUCCACACUCAACCAUAAUCUCAUCUCCAAUAUUAUAUAGUUGGCUCUAAUAUCACAUAUCCAUUCUAUAUAGCCCUAUAUCCAACGAGAGACCCUAAUCUUAUAAACCAUGAAAUCCCAUUCCCCCAUCUUCUGUUUGAUACUCUGUGCUCUCAUAAGCCUGUCAACAACUAUUCUAACCGCUCAGGAAAAUCCUGUUUCCUUCUACAUUGCUUAUCAGUGGCCAGGCUCAUACUGUGCAGCAGCAAAGCAGGGUUGUUGCUACCCAAAGAGUAUUAGAAAACAUCCCAGUUUCACAAUUGGUGGCAUAUGGCCUUAUACUUUUUCUGGGGAUAGACCAACCUACUGCAAAUCUAAGACCCCUUAUAGUUUAUCUAAGAUCUCAAACCUGACCAAGAGUUUGGAAAGGAAUUGGCCAUCACUAUCCUGCCCAAGCCGUACUAGUAGCAUUAGCAGUAAGAAACUAUGGAUGCAAGAAUGGCAGAAAUAUGGGACUUGUGCAGAAUCACUCUUUGGAGGUCAAUAUCAAUACUUUCAUGCAGGUCUCAAUCUCAGGAAGAAAAUAGACAUGCUCCAGAUACUCAGCAAUGCAGAAAUCCAUCCAAAUGGGUCAUUUUAUGAGAUGACUGCAGUUUUCAAUGCCAUACAAAAGGCCACCAUCUAUCUUCCGGGGCUUAUCUGUAACAAAGACAAAUCAGGCAACAAACAGCUCUACCAGAUUAUACUCUGUGGAAACACCGCCGGAACCAGAAUCACAGACUGCCUCGGCAACCAAAGAUCGAAUACUGGACAAUGCCCCGAAAACUUUAAGUUCCCUCCCUUGCAAUGAGAAUCUGUUAUUGUUUCUUGUUUUACAAUUUCGUUCGAGCAUUCACAGUCGGUGGACUGAAAAAGUUCUGCUCAAUCUAUACAAUUCUAACGUGGUGUGAGUAUUGAAUGCAAUAAAAGAGACACACGGGAUCAACCGUCAAAAGAGAAAUCAUAAAAAGAAAAGUUAAAACAGAUCCACAGAAGGGAUCAACCGAACAGCCACCCAAAGUGAGAGACUGGCCACCGAUACUCAUCGGUGCGGAGCCUCCACCUACCCUCAAACCGGCCAUGUUGUUGUUUGUACUAAUAUGUAUUAAUUACCAUAAGAGUCUUUUUUGGAUCAAAAUGAAGUAAUGAACUGAGUUAAAGACCUAGGGUAAGACGGAAGUGUAACAUCAUCAUGAGGUGACUAGAACUUAU